CCUCUUAAUUAUUCAAUUACCAUAAAUUUUAUAUAUUUGUUUUUCUCUUCAUUUAUUUAUUUAUUAUUUUUUGUUAAUUAUUUUUAAUAAUUUAAUAUGCCAGUAGAGCAAAUAGAAGAUCCAUUUAUAAAGAUAAAAGCAACGUUGCCAUUAAUUAAAUUUGUGAGGAAAAAUGUAAAUAUCAAAGAGGCUCCAGAGAGAAUACGAUCGUUAAAAAAAUCAUCAAAGUCAGAUAAUUAUUUAUUAAAAGUAGAUGAUAUUAAAUGGUUAAAUAAUUAUUUAAUCGAAUACAGAAAAAAAUCAGACAGCAAAGUUUAUUUACAUGAGUUAUUGGAUGGCAUAAAUAUUGAUUUACCUCAACCUAAAGUGACACCGAGAAAUCCUGUUUUGGAAGCGAGAAUUAAAAAAUUAACGGCACAACAAAACAAUCGUGAUUAUGAAGCGAUGACUAAAGAAGUUGAUCCUGUUAAAAAACGUUAUCCUGAAGAUACUAUUGCAUUUCAAAUGAAAGAAAUAAAUAGACAGCUUAUUGCUAUUUUGCAAUUUGUUACAACAGUAAUUGCAGCAUUCGCAUUUGGAUUUAUUGGAAUCGAACUAAUAGUUGGUAAUCUCGACUUUGGAUUCCGUUUAUUACUUGGAAUAAUAUGCGGUCUUAUUGUUGCGCUAGCAGACAUUUAUUUUCUCGCUAAAAAAUUGAAUGAAGAUUAUGUUGAAGUAACAAAACCAAUGCCAAUUUAUACAAAAUUACACAAAGAAUAAUAAGAA